GAUAGCAGCAGCGGCCAGGCGCGGAGGAGGCUGUGGUGUGGCUGGUCCUGGAUGGACUCCAGGGGACAGUGCUCCCCACAGGUGCAGCCAGCCUGGCCUGCCUCCUGUCCCCGCUGCCACCUGGAGAUGGGCCAGCAGGAAGGCGGGGACCCGGGGCAAGGCCGCGGCCACCAAGCAGGCCCAACGGGGCUCUUCCAACGUCUUUUCCAUGUUCGAGCAAGCCCAGAUCCAGGAGUUCAAGGAGGCCUUCAGCUGCAUUGACCAGAACCGAGAUGGCAUCAUCUGCAAGUCAGACCUCCGGGAGACCUAUUCUCAGCUGGGGAAGGUGAGCGUCCCGGAAGAGGAGCUGGAUGCCAUGCUGCAGGAGGGCAAGGGCCCCAUCAACUUCACUGUCUUCCUCACCCUCUUCGGAGAGAAGCUCAACGGGACAGACCCCGAGGAAGCCAUUCUGAGCGCCUUCCGAAUGUUCGACCCCAGUGGGAAGGGCGUGGUGAACAAGGAUGAGUUCAAGCAGCUUCUCCUGACCCAGGCAGACAAGUUCUCGCAGGCUGAGGUGGAACAGAUGUUCGCCCUGACACCUGUAGACCUGGCGGGGGACAUCGACUAUAAAUCCCUGUGCUACAUCAUCACCCACGGGGACGAGAAAGAGGAGUGACUGAGGCUGUGGCGAGACUCGGGGCCGUGCGCCAGCCACCUCAAUAAACGCUGUU